CCCUGUGUCACGUACCAACAACACUCAUACACACUCUCCCUGCUCAAGUCCAAUUGCUCCAUCUUUGCAAUAUUCAUCCUGAAAUCACCCCCAUACCAUUUCUCCAUAUCUGCCAGACACUGGUCAGCUCAUAGCAACCGCGCUUAUGCGUGUAUUCGCGUCCAUUUUCACUUCUCAGGACUACAUUUCGGAUCACCUCUGGAAAGCUCGCAUCAAUUAAUUUGAGCCGUCGGGCCGCUGAUUCAUUCAUUCUUUUCUCUCAUCAUGUACGCUCGACUUUUCCAGAAGACCGCUGCCCGGGCUACUCCCGUGGCUGCUGUCAAGGCGCCCUUUGCUCAGAGCCGCUUCUUGGCCACUCCUGCCACCUUCACGAUCCGAAAUGGCCCUGUAUUCCACGGCAAGUCCUUCGGAGCCAACACCAACAUCUCUGGUGAAGCCGUGUUCACUACCUCUCUGGUUGGAUAUCCCGAAUCCUUGACCGAUCCUUCUUACCGAGGCCAGAUCCUCGUAUUCACACAACCUUUGAUUGGCAACUACGGUGUGCCUUCAGAUGCACGUGACCCGAAUGGACUGUUGAAAUAUUUCGAGUCCCCUAAUCUACAAGCUGCCGGUGUUGUUGUCGCUGAUGUUGCCGAGCAGUACAGUCACUGGACUGCUGUGGAAAGUUUGGGGGAAUGGUGCGCCCGGGAGGGCGUGCCAGCUAUCUCGGGUGUGGACACCCGUGCCAUUGUGACCUUCCUUCGUGAGCAGGGUUCGUCGUUGGCUCGUAUCACUGUCGGUGAAGAGUAUGAUGCCGACGAGGACGAAGCCUUCACCGAUCCUGAGCAGAUCAAUCUCGUUCGUCAGGUUAGCACCAAGUCUCCAUUCCACGUUAGUGCCGCCAAUCCUGAAUGCCAUGUUGCUCUGAUCGACUGCGGUGUCAAGGAAAACAUUCUUCGUAGCCUCGUCGGACGCGGCGCCAGUGUCACUGUUUUCCCCUUUGACUACCCCAUCCACAAGGUUGCUCACCACUUCGAUGGCAUUUUUAUCUCCAAUGGCCCUGGUGACCCAACCCACUGCCAGGACACUGUCUACCACUUGCGUAAGCUCAUGGAGACGUCCCAGGUUCCCAUCAUGGGCAUCUGCUUGGGUCACCAGCUCCUUGCCCUUGCUACUGGAGCUCGUACCAUCAAGCUCAAAUACGGUAACCGGGCUCACAACAUCCCGGCGCUGGACCUUACCACUGGUCGCUGCCAUAUCACUAGCCAGAAUCACGGCUAUGCUGUUGAUGCCACCACAUUACCUAGUGACUGGAAACCCUACUUCGUGAACCUCAACGACUCUAGCAAUGAAGGUAUGAUCCACAAAUCCCGGCCCAUUUUCAGCACCCAAUUCCACCCUGAAGCCAAGGGCGGCCCUCUUGAUUCUUCCUACCUUUUCGAUAUCUAUCUCGACAGCGUGGCCAAAUACAAGAAGAACCAAGCUGAGUUCCACCCGGCACGCGAGAGCCGCCCUAGCCCGCUGCUGGUCGACCUGUUGCCCAAGGAGCGUGUCGGUGUCGCCCCUACUACCGGUAUCCUUAAUGCCACCUCCAACGCCGCCGCCGUCGCAGCCGCUCCUUCUGCUGCUGCCGCCGCCUAGAUGAGUGGUUAUGGGAUGGGUUUUAGUUUGAUGGAGCCUGGUUUCAUGGAUUUUCUUUCUAGUAGCGUUAUGUCUUUAUUAUGUCACUUUGUUUUUUGGCUCCUAAAUUGUGAAUAGGAUUAGUGAUUUCGAGCAAUGCAUUGAAUUUAUUCUUUUCAUCAUUCAUCUAGCCCUCUAGAACAACCUAAUCUAGAUAACGAUAUAUCAAGUAGUCC